UUUCAACUUAAAAAAAUAGAGCUCAGCCAUGUUUCUCCUCCUUCCCUGUUGAUAUCUCAUCACCAUCUAAAAAAACAGAUUAAAGUUCAGCAGAUACGUUUUGGGAGAACAGAAGAACGGUCAAUCAAAACAGAGAAUUUCGAUUCCACAUUUUUAGGAUAUGUUCUACACUCAUAUAUCUAUGUUUAUCAGAAAGCGGAUCAUCAUUUGGAGUUUUCAUCUAAUAGUUAUGAUUAUUUCUUUGGGGCUGUUCGUUGUAGAUCGGAUCCGCCGACAGUCAACUUCAUCUGUGUUUUCCCGUCGAUCCAGAAGGAACCAGGAAACGAGCGAGAUAUCAUUGGAAAGCUCUUGCUGUCAGCUUUCUAUAUCAUCUUUUAGAUCGUCAAACCAAGAGUCAGUUCCGAUCAGUCUCGCUGUAAGGGAGAAACGGUCGACCUAAACAAAAGCUUUCAAUCUGGAAAUUUGUAAGUAUCGGUGCAGUCUGCGUUUGCGACCAGCCUGGACAUGAAGCAAUUUUGGUUAAUCAAAUGGUGUCCGAUCGGAGUAAAUUAGAUGACUAUGGACAGAGGACAUCAAGGACUACAUUCUGACCGGAGAGAUCGAAAAGUUAACGGUCGGUUCUUGAGAUUUCAUUUGUUUUCUUUAGAGUUCAGUUCUGUCAGAAUCAUCAUAUUCAUCUUUUUUCAUAGAGUUCCGGAGUUGCUGUUUUAGAACCGUCAAGGACAUUUGGUGUUUUCUCAGUUUUCUUCAGAAUUGUGGCAAAGUUGAGGGCUAUUCUCGUGAGACAGACGAGUAUAUGAUAUUUGGACGGAUUGGUGCUACUGGACUUUAUAGUCGGAUUAUUAUUUGGGUUUUGGUCAACUUCAUCGGUGUUUUCCCGUCGAUCCAGAAGGAACCAGGAAACGAGCGAGAUAUCAUUGGAAAGCUCUUGCUGUCAGCUUUCUAUAUCAUCUUUUAGAUCGUCAAACCAAGAGUCAGUUCCGAUCAGUCUCGGUGUAAGGGAGAAACGGUCGACCUAAACAAAAGCUUUCAAUCUGGAAAUUUUCUGCGUUUACGACCAGCCGGGACAUGAAGUUAGUUUGGUUAAUCAAAUGGUGUCCGAUCGGAGUACAUUAGAUGGCUAUGGACAGAGGACAUCUAGGACUCCAUUCUGACCGGAGGGAUCGAAAAGUUAACGGUGAGACAGACGAGUAUAUGAUAUUUGGACGGAUUGGUGCUACUGGAGUUUUUAUUCGGAUUAUUAUUUGGGUUUUGGGUGAGUGGAUUGGUGUUUAUGGGCUAUUGUGUUAUCAGUUAUUGUUGCUGGCCCAUUUUCUUCGAGAUAGGAGGUGACGGGUGUUACACUCUGCUUCUUAGUUACGGUCAAAAAGAUGUAUAGGAGUUUGAUAAAGAGGAUAAGGCAAAUAUACACUCAGCCGUAUAAGAUGUUUGGGUGGUGGCUUCAUUAUAUCGGAUGUAAUUUAGUAAUUGAUAGGCUUGUUAAAUUCUCAAUGCUUAUUGAAUCGUUUGACCUUUUUUACAAGAGAAUUAUGUCUUCUGGCGGGGACUUUGGUCCGAGACUGGGAAUUGGACAGGGGGUUUAUCUAACGAAAUUAAAACGGUACUGGACCUUCGGCGGAUACAAGAUAGUUUCGGUAGAGACUAUAUGAACAUCAGCCUUUCGAUGUUUCAAAGGCAAUGUCAACAGUCGGCUGAACAUGAUGGGCCCCAUCAAGCCCAAUUGUUAAUGGCUCCAAUGAGCGUGAUUAAAAAAAAAAUUAUGAAGGUACUCAGCUGGAAUUAUAGAGGCAUGGGAAGUAAGUGGACAAUUAGUUAUCUACGGAAAAUAUGGCACCAAUAUAAACCAGAUUUUCUUUUUUUAUCGGAAACAAAGCAAGAUUUUGCCCUUGUUCAAGGAUUCCAAUCGCAUUUUGGAUAUGAUAAUAUAAUAACGGUAGACCCAAAUGGAACAAGCGGAGGGCUGGCAUUAUAUUACAACAACGAGUAUCAGGUUAAUGUGCUAUACUCUAGUAACAGGAUGAUAGAUGUCGAGGCGGAGGCUUUGGGGAAGAAGAUAUUUAUGACAUUUGUAUACGGAGAGCAAAUUCAGAAAUUGAGAGGCCAAGUCUGGGAGAGGCUAACUAGAUAUGGCAUUGCACGAGACGACCCUUGGUUUAUUAUUGGAGAUUUAAAUGAAAUCACUGGGAACCAUGAAAAAGAAGGCGGCCCGUUACGGAUUUCAGAAACUUUCGUAUCAUUUAAUAAUAUGAUCCGCAGUAGUGGACUCUUGGAAUUUCAGGCGAAAGGAAACAAAUUAUCUUGGCAAGGAAGGAGGAAAGUAAACGGGAAAGCGACAAUGAUUCGAUGUCGAUUGGAUAGAGCUUUAGCAAACGAAGAAUGGCAUACAAUGUUUCCACAAUCGUAUACAGAAUAUUUGAAAAUGGUGUGUUCGGACCAUCGACCAAUAGUGGCUUUCCUAGAGGACAAAGUUACCAGACGUAAGGGACAAUUUCAAUUUGACAAAAGAUGGAUAAGAAAGGAUGGCUUUUUGGAAUCCAUUGCCAGAGGCUGGACAAAGGAAAUGAGGAAUACAACUGGGCAAUGUGGGGGAUGUUGUGUCAAAGAUUACAAAUUGUCGACACGAACUUUCAACUUGGCGCAAGAAUAACCCACCAUACGGAAAAGGGAAAAUAUCAGAAUUACAACAAGCGUUGGAGGAGGUACAGACCAAUGAUAAUCGAUCUCAAGAGGAUAUUUUGGAAGUAUCUCGGAAACUUCAAGAGGCUUAUAAAGACGAGGAGGAAUAUUGGCAACAGAAAAGUAGGAAUACGUGGAAUACGGCGGGCGAUUGCAGCGCAAAUUUCUUUCAUGCCUUGACGAAACAGCGACGAACUCGUAAUCGGCUGGUAGGGUUAUAUGAUACAAAUGGAAAUUGGGUGGUUAAGGAUGAAGGGAUUGAGAAGGUUGCAGUGGAUUAUUUUGAUGAUCUUUUUAGUACUAAGUCACCUAGCGAAUUUGAUGAUUUUCUGGAUGAAAUUAAACCAACCAUCUCUCAGCAAACAAAUCAAAGGCUAAUAAGGAUCGCCACAGAGGAAGAGGUGCGGCAAGCUCUGUUCAUGAUGCAUCCAGAAAAGGCGCCGGGCCCAGAUGGAAUGACAGCACUUUUUUCCAACAUUCUUGGCACAUUAUCAAAAAGGAUAUAGUGGAAAUGGUCAAUAAUUUCUUGACCACAUGGAAAUUGGAUGUGCGGCUAAAUGUUACAAAUAUUUGUUUGAUUCCUAAGACGGAAAGACCGACAAGGAUGACAGAACUCAGGCCAAUAAGUCUCUGUAAUGUCGGAUAUAAAAUGAUAUCAAAAGUUUUGUGUCAAAGGCUAAAGGCUUGCCUACAGGCUCUGAUUUCAGAAACACAGUCGGCUUUUGUGGCUGGGAGAUUGAUUUCGGAUAACAUCCUAAUUGCACAAGAGAUGUUUCAUGGGUUGGGGACAAAUAAGGCCUGCCAAAAUAAGUUCAUGGCUAUAAAAACGGAUAUGAGUAAGGCUUAUGAUAGAGUGGAAUGGAAUUUUAUUCAGGCAUUACUUCGGAAAAUGGGGUUUGAUUCCCAUUGGAGUCAGUUGAUGAUGGAAUGUAUAACUUUGGUACAAUACAGAGUCUUAUUAAAUGGACAACCACGAGGACAAAUUAUUCCAAAUAGAGGUUUACGUCAAGGGGAUCCUUUAUCUCCAUAUCUGUUCAUUAUGUGCACUGAGGCCUUAAUAGCAAAUAUCAAAAAGGCUGAAAACGAAAAAACGGCUAACGGGAAUAAAAAUGGCGAGGGCAUGUCCUUCAAUAUCUCAUUUGCUUUUCGCAGAUGAUAGUAUCUUUUUAUGUAGAGCACAGAAAGAGGAAUGCGAGACUAUUUUGGUAAUUCUUAAAGAAUACGAAAAGGUUUCGGGACAGCAGAUUAACUUUCAAAAAUCCUCGAUUCAAUUUGGUCAUACAAUUGACGACGAUACUCGCCAAGCACUUCGGGAUAUCAUGGGAAUUCAAAAUUUGGGAGGGAUGGAAAAAUAUUUGGGCAUCCCAGAGAGUCUGGGUGGCUCAAAGAUACAAGUAUUUGGAUUUGUUCAAGAAAGAUUGAAUAACAGGAUCAAUGGAUGGAUUUUUAGGUUUUUUUCCAAAUGAGGAAAGGAAGUAAUAAUAAAAUCGGUGGUAACGGCUCUACCCAAUCAUAUUAUGUCCUGUUACAAAAUACCAAAAACAGUGGCGAAGAAGCUUACAAGUGCGGUAGCACAAUUCUGGUGGAGCCCCAGUGGAGAUACAAAAUGAUUACACUGGAAAUCAUGGGAUAAGGUUUGUGUGCAUAAGGAUGAUGGAGGGCUCGGUUUUACGGAUUUUAAUACAGCUAUGCUUGGUAAGCAGCUAUGUACAUUAAUAGAGAAACCCAACACUCUAUUUUCUCGUGUCUUUAAAGGUCGAUACUUCAGGAACGCUUCACUCCUGGAACCGAUCAGAUCGUACGCGUCCUCCUAUGGGUGGCGCAGUAUAAUCUCUGCUAGAUCUCUGGUUAGCAAAGGACUAAUCAAAAGGGUGGGAUCAGGGACAUCCAUAUCAGUAUGGAAUGAUCCGUGGCUCCCAACCACUCGCCCGAGACCAGCAAAUAAAAAACAAAAUGUUAUCUUACCGGAUCUUAUGGUUGAUUCCCUCAUUGAUGAAACAACAUGAACAUGGAAAUCACAUACUCUUCAGGAGAUAAUGGACCCCGAGGAUGUUAAAAUUGUAGAGAGUAUACCUCUAAGCAGGAUACCAACAAUUGAUCGGGAUGGCUGGCAUUUUACAAAAAAUGGAAAAUAUACUGUAAAAUCAGGAUACCAAGUGGAAAGAACAUAUCCUGAUAUAGAACAAGGGGCAGUAGAAUUUGGACCCAUGGUAACUGCUCUUAAAGCUAAUUGUUGGAAAGUGCGCUGUCCACCCAAGAUGAAGCAUUUUCUAUGGCAACUUUUGUGGGGAUGUAUCGCAGUGAAGAAAAGUCUGAAGGCAAGGGGUAUUAAAGGAGAUAUACGGUGUGACAUAUGUGGAGCAUCAGAGGAAUCCAUAAAUCAUGUUUUCUUUGAAUGCCCACCGGCAGUCCAGGUAUGGGCACUAUCAACGAUCCCAACGCAUCCAGAUCACUUUCCAGGACAAUCUUUAUUUGUGAAUAUGGAUUAUUUAUUUUGGAGGGUUAAGCCAACAAUGGAGGAACAUCAUUUUGCAUGGAUACUUUGGUAUAUAUGGAAAGGACGGAAUAGUAAAGUUUUUAGUAAUUUGGACACGGAACCGAGGGAGACUCUUCGACGAGCCAUGACCGAGUCUUUACUUUGGAUGGAAGCUCAGCAGGAAAUAGUUCAGCCUCAGGAUCAGGUUACACAUACGUCUGAUGCAGUAUUGCCGAUUAGAUCGGGACGAUGGUGUUUCACGGAUGGAUCAUGGAAACCAGAGGAUACUUUUUCAGGACAAGGAUGGUACAGUACUUUAGAGGGUUUUGAAGGCUUAUUGGGAGCUAGGAAUACGAGGGCUAGUCAAACCCCGUUACAUGCAGAAGUCGAAGCUCUUAUUUGGGCGAUGGAGUGCAUGAGGAAUUUAAGGCAAUAUAACGUUACAUUUGCAACUGAUUGUUCUCAAUUGGUGAAGAUGGUUUCGGAACCAGGAGAAUGGCCGGCUUUUGCGAGUUACUUAGAGGACAUCAAGAGUCUGAAGAGAAGUUUCAACAGCUCAGAGAUUAUUCAUAUACCACGGACGCAAAACAACAAGGCGGAUAGCUUAGCACGCAGUGUGAGGCAACAAACGUCGUUUACUGUCCAUAUGGAUACAUAUCACCCAGUUUGUUUUAUAGAGUCCACAUAAGUCUGUAAAAUG